AGCAUCUGCAAGUAGUUAAGUUCGAAUCCACAACUUCUUUAAAAGCCGUCUUAAAUUGAAAGUCUACUCAUAAAUAAAAGCAUAAAAUGAAACUCUUUAGAGUCGCGCUCGUUGCGUGCUUUGUUGCAUUUGCCAUCGCGCAAUCUGUACCUGAGCAAGGCGCCGAACCCUCGGCUGAGUACUUACCACCAGUCGACGAUGAAUCUGCUCCUCUUACCGAAGAUGGCUAUCGUUAUAAAGCCGUGCGUCGCCUGAAGUACCGCCAUCGUCGUGAGGUACCAUCCGAGGAAUAUCUGCCCCCAGUAGUGGAGCCUUCCGCUGAUUAUAUACCACCAGAGGGCCCUGAAACUCGUGUUGCCGACGAUGGUUACCGCUACAAGACUGUGCGUCGUCUGAAAGUUCACCGAAAACGUCGUGAGGCUCCUUCUGUUGAAUAUUUGCCUCCAGUGACGGAGCCUUCUCCUGAAUACAUACCACCAGAGAGUGCUGAAACUCGUGUUGCCGAUGAUGGUUAUCGUUACAAGACUGUACGCCGUCUUCGUUACCGUGCUCGUCAUCGUCGUGAUGUCUCUGAAUUGCCUUCAUUGCCAUCUGGCGAAUAUUUGCCUCCAGUUGAUGUUGAAUUGGCUCCAGAAUUGAAAACCGUUUUGGGCGAUGAUGGUUACCGUUACAAGACUGUGAGACGCCUAAAGUUCCGUCGUCAUCGUCGAGAGACGGAGGCUGCUGAUGAAGUUGACGCCCCUAACGGUGAAUACCUGCCACCAAGUAACGAUGUUGCUGAAGAGCCUGAGCCGAAAAGCGCUGAAUUGGCUCAAGACGGCUACCGUUAUAAGACCGUACGUCGCUUGAAAUACCGUUAUCCCAACUGCAUGGCAUUUGAUUGUUCGGUGUUGCAAUCAAAAAUAUUACGGGAUCUGAUGCUAUCCAAACUCCUUACCGUCGCACUGGCUUUGUGCCUUGUUUCCUUGACAAUCGCUCAAUCCAUUCCUGCCGAGAGUGCCGAACCAGCCGUCGACUACUUACCGCCAGUCGAUGAAAAUUCUGCCCCUGUUGCUGAAGAUGGCUAUCGUUACAAAGCCGUGCGUCGUCUGAAGUACCGUAACCGUCGUGACGUACCGUCAGAAGAAUAUUUGCCUCCAGUGACGGAGCCUUCUCCUGAAUAUCUACCACCAGGGGGUGCUGAAACUCGUGUUGCCGAUGAUGGUUAUCGUUACAAGACUGUACGCCGUCUUCGUUUCCGUGCUCGUCAUCGUCGUGAUGUGUCUGAGUUGCCUUCAUUGCCAUCUAACGAAUAUUUGCCUCCAGUUGAUGUUGAACUGGCUCCAGAAUUGAAAACCGUUUUGGGCGAUGAUGGUUACCGUUACAAGACUGUGAGACGCCUAAAGUUCCGUCGUCAUCGUCGUGAAGCGGAAGCGGCUGAAGAGGCUGCUGUCGUUGAUAUCCCCAACAAUGAAUACCUGCCACCAAGUAACGAUGUUGCUGAGGAACCAGAGCCGAAAAGCGUAGAAUUGGCACAAGAUGGUUAUCGUUAUAAGACCGUACGUCGCUUCAGAUAUCGUCAUCGCCAGUAG